UAGGGGGCAAAAAUAUCCUUUAGCAGUAUGUGAUCUAGCUCUGUCACUGUGAGCGGGCUAAUUCCCAUCCCUAUACAGGACAUGACCACUAGGGGGCAAAAUGUCCUUUAGCAGUAUGGGAUUUAGCUUUUUCACACUGAGUGAGCUAAAUUCCAUUCUCAGAAAGGACAAUGUCCUUUAGAGGGAUAGAAUCUAGUCUCAACCUAAAAUAAACACCCGAACCGGAAGUGCCUUGCUAACCCGGAAGCUCAUGUGCCGUACUGCAGGCGUUGGUGUUGCCUGGCUGCAUUUAAGACUUGUAUACUGUAGAGAUGGCAUCAGAUACAUCACUUCUUUCAGCAGAGCUGAAUGCUGAGAUGGAAGAAGCACUGUACCAAGAAAUGUUGUUGAAAGCUAAGCAGGAAAUUCAAAGUAGAAUACCAAAUAUUUCUGAUUCAAAACAAAUCCGACCUCAGCCAGGUUUCUGUAUUAAGUCUAAAACAUCUAAAAAUGAAAAGAUAUUUAUCAACGUCUGUAAGUCGGGUGACAUCCCUGCACCUCCAGAUGUAAGUGAGAAGGAUCUGGUUAACAUCUUAGAAUCUGAUGACCCGUCUGGUUACCGGGUGCCUAUGAGCAUUGGAGAGCCCCAUGUAGAAGUGGACAACAGUGGAAGUGGCUGUACAGCCUAUGACAUUGUAGUAAACAACACUUUCUUUGACAAGAUCAAGGAUAAUGAGUUGUUCAGGGAAUUUUUUGUCACAGUCGCAAUGGAAGGUCUUGAAAACAAGUACAAUAUGGAUCUCUCCAGAGAGUGGCGAAUGCUGAAAAAUCGAAAGUUUAUGGGAUCAAUUUUUGAACAAAACAUCAGAACAAAAUCCAAGCCCAUAAUUCAGGAAAUGGACACAAGUGCAUCUCCACAGCUUCAGAACAAGCCUCUGAUUUCAGAAAUACUAAGCUCACCAGCCAUACCUGAGUACAAUAUUGUGGCAGAACCUGCUGAAGGACAUCCAAGCUUCCUAGUGGCAGAAAUCUCCUUGCCUAAAGUGUCAUCAGUCAAGUCAUUGGUACUAGACCUUGGUGAAGAUCGUAUAGUUUUGUGGGGACGACCAGACUUGUACCACAUGGAUAUCUUCAUCCCUUACAAUAUUAUCCAGGAAGAGAGUGGGGCACAAUUUAAUAAGAGCAGCAAAGUACUGACUAUUACAAUGCCUGUUCAAGCAAUAUAACAGGAACUGCACGUGUUGCUACACAUUGGUCCAGUGGAUCCGAAAUUACAAUAUUUGUUACUUAUGUUACUUUUUAUCCUUAUCUUGCUUCACACCAAGAUCAUUUAGGCCCUAUGGUGCUAAACCUCAAUAUCAAAAUACCUAUAUGACUAAAAUUGGCUGUCACUUGUAAUAAUAAUAUUUAAUAAAUAUAGUUAUUGAUGUUAA